GAUUUUACACUGUUUUCUAUGGGCGCGUAUUUGGAGUAAUGCAACCAGUACAUGUACAUGGUUAACUCAAAAGUGUUCGCAGGGCCUAGUAAUAGUAUUAGUAAGUAGUAGUACUAUAGUUACUAAUCAUCGUGGGUUUUCGUCUUAAAUUGAAAACAAAUGUGAUAAUAAAUAGCACAUCAAAUAAAUAACAGUACAAUUACAAACUGACAACAAAUAUGGACGAUGAAUUUCAGAGAGAAGCAAAGAAAGCCGGGUUGUUUGAUGGACCAAUGUCAUCUUGUGAAGCAGAAUUGCAAGAACUCAUGCGACAAAUUGACAUUAUGGUCCACAAUAGAAAGACAGAGUGGGAAGCUGACAUGGAACGUGUCAAGGGUCAACUGAGGUUACGUGAACAGGAAGUAGCAUCUCAGCGUGCUCUGUUAGAGUCCAAGCACCAAGAGGUUGGUCGUUUGCGGCACCAACUUGACAGCAGUGAAGGAGAGAAGUGUUUUCUUGCAUCCCAAUAUGAAGAGAAACUCCAACAGCUUAGAUCACAGUUAUCCAGCUUACAGAGAGACUAUGAAAAAGUUGAGAGGCAUCACAAUAAACAUACUGCAAGUGCAGAGAGAGACAGAAACCAGGCUAGUAUCCAACUACAGGAUACUCAGAACCAACUCAAGACAGUCCAAACAACAAUCCAAAAUUACCAGAAAAAAGCCAACGAGUGGGAGAUACAGAAGAGAGCCUACAGACAACAGAUAGAAAGCUUAGAAACACAGAGGAAGACGUUAGCAGACAAGUGUCAGUUAAUUCAGCAACAGUCAGAAGGUUACCAAGACCAGCUGGCUAAACGACGCCACUUGCUAGAGCAGACUGAGUUAAACUUCCAAUCACAGCUUACCCAUCUGGAGGGAUGCCUGACACGUUCCCAGGAUACAGUGGAAGAAAAGAAUGCUACCAUACAGCGACUGGAAGAGAGGUUAGAGGAGAUGAGUGGAGAUAGGAAAGCUGAGGAGGGAGAGAAAUUAGACAGUAAAGAGAGAUGUAGAAGGUUGGAGAGUCAUCUCAAGUGUUUGGAGGAUGAAAAGGUUCAGUUGAAGUCGGAGCUAGAAUCACGAGACAAUCUCAUUGCAGAAGCAGAAAGAGCUAUGAAACAACUGAAACAAAAUUUAGCUAAAAUGGAUGAAUCACUUGCACUCAAGGAAGAUAUGAUUAGGUCACUUCAAGAAGUGAGUGGGCAGGAGGCUCUACAUCAAGUAAAUGAGUUACAAAGCCAGCUAGAGCAGGCACAGAGAGACAAUGCUAGAUGGCUGCGUAUUGAGACACAGCUGCAGGAAGAUAUACAAAGACUACAAGCUAGGUUAGAUGAAUCCCAUUUGGAAUGUGCACGACUCAAUACAGAACUAGCUACAAAGAUAGAAGAACUACGUCGUCUGGAGGGUACAGAGAUGAAACAGCUACAAGACCAGCUUACUAAGGAGAAAGCUUGGAGUAGUGAGCAGGAACAACAUUAUAUGUCUCACCUGGAUGGCAUGAAGUCCGAGGUCACAGCAUUAACUUCUGAUCUCCAUCACCGUGACAGUACCAUAGCAACAUUGAGUCAGAAGAUUGCAUCUCUUGAAAGAAAGGAGAGGGAGGGAGCACAGACAGUGGAACGGCAUCAACAUGAACUGCAAAUUACCAAUGCCCAGCUGGAUGCAUUGAGGAUUGAGAACCGUAGCUUACGAGAGAACACCAACAAUCCUGAUACGACUUCUAUGUCAUCUGAGAUACUGAAUGCUCAAUCACAGCUCCAGGACUUGAGAAAUAUGCACACACAGCACAUGAAGACCUCACAGAUAUUACAGGAUGAGAACAGUAUGUUGAGGAGAAAACUGACAUCAUUAACACAGCAGCUACUGGAGGCUGAAAGUGCCAGUGACCUUCAAUAUCAGGCAGCUAUUAAGCAGUCCCAUCUCAGGAUAGCAGAACUUACUCAAGAAUAUGAGCGGAAGCUGGAGAAGAUGUCAGAACACGAGAGCCACAACACAGAGAUGUUGCAGUCCCAGCUAGAUACCACAGUGCAACAAUAUGAAGCAGAAAUGACUAGACUCAGAGAUGUUUGUACAGCCCUCAAACAGCAACUGAAAGACAAGACACAUUUACUCAACAGGUUGCAAGGGGAGAACUCUGCAAUGGCUGACUUCGUCAGUAACAUAGAGACAAUUGCAACUUCACCACCCCAACCCUCAAGCCAUGUCUCAUCCCGUCCAUCACUACCUGCAUUAACUCAUCUCUCAGAGCAUUCAUCACCCCAACUGCCAACCCAUCUGUUACCUGUUCAUUCCAACCAUUCCACCGGCACACCUCAUGGCCGGCAGCCAUCACCAACUGUUAAGAAGUUGUUUGAUGAUAACUACGAGUCCGCAGCUGUACCAGAAAUGUUGGGCUUUCCAGAGCUGGUUAUACCUUCCAGUAAAUGGGAGUCAGAGAGGCCUGAUUCCAGACAGUCCAUUACAGCUAACUUUGUAGCAGAGGAUCUACGCAGAACCAAAGAUCUUGAGAAACUUCUAGAUGAUCACAUUGCUAGCCUAGAACAGCAAACUGAAGAUACAUUACAACGGAGACGCAUUGCUGGGGAUGGGGGUGAUCUGAACCACCAGAAGGCUGACAGUAACAUGACAUGACAUUUGUGACCAGAAGUAUCAGGGCAAGAAGAUCUCAGUGGUCAUACUGUGCAAAUAUACUGUGGUUUGAGGAUGGAUAGAUGAACUAACUCCCAGGGCAACCUGAGAGAAUUGCAUGUGCCAGUAGUUUGUCAACUUCCAGUACAAAUGGAAGGGGUUAUCAACUAUCUAACCAAAAUUAGCCAUAUUUGUUAAAACCAUACCUCAAGUCAUGGCAUUCUGAGUAUAGAAAAUACUGAGAACAAUUUUUGUGUGUUGUUAUUUUCUCAAUGUGUUUAUUUGCAUACCACCCCAAUGCGACAGUUCCCCUAUUGCCUCGUAAAAGCACAAGACUCACUUUAGUAGUUAGUAGCCAGGUGUCAGUCUACUGCAUGUGGAUAUUUGACGUAUGUAUGAUCGUGUGUAUACCUAUUAAGCUGGAUUAAUAGUGACUGGCAUGUGACAGUGAAUGAAGCAUUCCUAUUUUAGCUCUCAGUGAGAUGCCUAUAAUCUCACCUGGUUCUAUUUUAUUGGUCCCAACAUCCUGAACUGAUAGUGAAUUCUGACCAGACAUGAUGUAGUCCUUGUAAAAGUUUACAUGUUCAUUAACUGAAACCCAAGUGUUCAACCAGUUUGCCUGGAUUAUUUACAAUGAAUGCAUGGAAUUUGUUUAUGGUCAAGAAAAAAUUGACAACUGAAAUUUGAAAAGUGUCUCAUAUACUGACUUGAGAGAGUCAUUGCAUAAUUUUCUUAAAGCAUUUCUAACCAUAAUAUUUGCUGUGGCAUGCAGAGAUCUGCACAUGAAUAAAACAUGUGCUAGAUUUACUAUCACAAAAAGCCACUCCUUGGUAGAUCGAUUUGCAAGGCUCAGUGGUUUAGAUACUCUGUAAGCUGGAGGUUAGUUGGUCAAUUCCUGC